UUCAUUACGACCGAUGUGAAAGCUGGUGAUCUCAGUACGUGGCUAUUCCGCUUGCGCUUUCUGCUUUUACUUGGAUCCGUUCAUUGAUUUUUCGUGGAGUCGUUAAGAAGGAAGAUGACAAAACCAAAAGAAAAGAAGAAAGAAAAAAUUAGCGUCGCUACUGAGAUCGACCGGAUUGAGGAACGAAGAUCCCUUUGCCAGGACAGCCUGGACAAAGCAGAGUAUAGACGCCGUCGGGGGCAACUUUCCGAAAAGGACAGGAAGGUACUGGAUGAAGAGGUGACCAUUAUAACAGAGAGAAUCCAAAAGUAUGAGCGUGAGCUGGAGGUCCUGCGUUCGGAGAACAGGAGGAACAUGAUGCUGUCCGUCGCCCUGCUGGUGCUCUUGGCCCUCUUCUACUAUGCCUUCAUUGCCUAGGCCUCCACGGUGCUUUCCUUGCUGGUCAGAAGUCAUGACGGAACUCUGUGACUGCAUCCUGGUCUGUUGUGACUCGCGAUGUGCGAUGCAAAAUCAUCUACAUUUUGUUGUUGGGAUGGACUGAAUACAGUACAUGCUUUUUAUAUGGCAGAAGACACAGUGCCGAACAAAUAAUGGAACUUUAGUCAUCUCUCAAAGUAUAUGUACCCCUGCUGCCAGUUGGUGGCAGGAUUUUCCCUGGGAUACAUUAAAGGGUUACCUCUUAAAUCCCCAUUUAUUUUUUUUGUCUGUCUUUAGGACUUAUCUGUAAUGUGCCAAAAAGUAACUUUUUUUUUUUUUGGCUGCGUUCUGAGUGGUUAUGAUGCUGUUUAUAUGUUACUGCCUUAUCUGCAGUUGUUUAGCUAAAGUAUCGAUGCCGAUAUCAACGGCACAUUCAGUAAUUUCUGGGUCCUUUACAUGUUUCUGGGUGCCACAUGUUUGUAAGGCUCCAAGAAGGAGUACACUUAAGUACAGGUGACAGGGUAGCCUUUGGGAGUUGCACAAUUCUGUAAUUUACAACCUCAUGUGGAAGAAAAGUUUGCUGCCUGCUGCUGGAUCUGUGCAGAUUUGAUGGUACUGUGUCUACCGUAGAGCUGUUGGAUCUCAACAAAAAGAUGAGUGGAUCUCCCAGCAGAGACCUGUAUGACUCAUGAAGAUUAAUUUGAAGAAUCCAGGGAAAGGAAGGCCAGCGAUCACCAAGUUCCACGACUGGAUGCUGUGAUAAAGGCUUUGUUUUGCAUAACAUUUUGCGAUUUCAGCAAAUCGUGAACAUUCUGGCAAAAUUGUGCAGUCCGCUAUUAACAGGAGUCUAAGCAGCAUGUCGGUGAUGGAAUAGUGGUGUUCUUCUUUCAUGUAUGGAUUUCUACAAUUAUAAUCCAUUAUUUUUCCCAUAAGUGCCGUUUGAACACCAAAUAGUUUAUGAAGCUUUAUGAUCGCAGUCAGAUAACAUAUGAAUUAUGACUCAUCCCCCCAUCUCCCAGAUCACUCCCAG